AUGACACGCGUUAUUUUCAAGCUAUGGUUUUUUGGCACAUUUGUUCCAAGGGUAGAAAAGUUUGCUGCAGAGCAAGGAAUAGAACCCAAGGCUGUCCUGCUUUUGGACAACUGUUCGGCACAUCAUUUCGAGGAUGAGCUAGUGUCUGAAGAUGGCUUGAUCUUUGUGGUUUUUCUGCCCCCCAACGUUACGCCUCUCAUUCAGCCAAUGGAUCAACAUGUUAUCCAAACAAUCAAGUCCAGGUACCGCGAAAAACUACACAGCGAAAAUAUUUUUGGUGGCGGUGAUGCGGCACAGCAUCUUAAGCAAGUGAACCUCAAGGACGUCGCCUUCUGGCUUCAAGAAUCCUGGAUGGAAGUGUCGCAAAAUGUGAUUCAGAGAUCGUGGAAGAACAUCGGAGUGAUGGUUGGCACCAAAUUGAUGCACGAAGAUGAUGUACCUCUGGCGACGUUAUUCAAUAUGCCGAAUGUUGAAACGGAUGUCGCACCUUUUGAAUAUCUUGAAGAGGACUUAUGCGUUGAUGACUACAACGAUGCGGAUAUUAUUGCUAUGGUAAAGGUUGGUCAAAACUCCGAAGAAGAAUGCCUUGAGGAUGAAGACCCGGAUGAGUCGGAAACGACAAUGGACAUUGAAAACCUGGCUCCGUUGGAUGAUACCACUUGUAGUGAUCAAAAAGCGGUCGAAUGCCUCAACUAUACCAUUCGAUGGGCAGAAGAGAAUGGUUUUGAGCUUGUCGAUAUUCUACAUCUGCGGAAAAUCAAAAGCGCAGCCCUUGAUAAAUGUUUGGCGGCAUGUUCUCAGAGUAAGAUCAUUAUUUAG